AUGGCCGCGCUGCGCUUCGGGGGGGCCCCGGCGGAGCCGCCCGCCUUCCCCGCGGGCAGGUGGGCGGGGGGCGGCGGGCCCGGCCCGGCCUCGCCCGCCCUCAGGACGCUUCCCUCGGCCGAGCCGUCGGAGGGGGCGCCGGCAGCCUCGCAGCGUCGGAAGCGGACGAGCUUCACGGCGGCGCAGCUGGAGACCCUUGAGCUGGUUUUCCAGGAUACCAUGUACCCGGAUAUCUACCUGCGGGAGAAGCUGGCGGACGCCACGCAGAUCCCCGAGUCCCGCAUCCAGGUGUGGUUCCAGAACCGCCGCGCCAAGUCCCGCCGCCAGCGGGGACCGCCCCGCCAGGGCCCCGCCGCGCCGCCGCCACUACCCCGCUUCGCCGCCCUGCGCGCCCCGGAGCGGCCCCGCCGCGCCCUCCCCGGGGCGGCCCGGGCCGAGGACGGGGCGGCCCCCUACGAGUGGCCGUCGGCCGCCCCCUUCCCCCCCUGCCCCGGCUUCGAGGGCUUCCCGCCCGGCCAACCCGGCGGGGCUGAGCCCGCCCCGUUCGCGGGGAGCGCCGCCGGCCCCUUCGCGCCGGCCCGCGCCUUCUGCGGGCAGUACUCGCCCGUGUCGGACGCCGAGGACACCAGCGGCUACUCCGAGUCGGGCUCGGAGUGGGAGGAGAACGCGCUCGGCGCCUUCCGCGCCCUCUGA